CCCAACGUACCAACGAAAGCUGUUCCCCGCUGGCGCGUUUUUUACCCGUCGUUGCGCGCUCAAAGGAAGUCGGUCGAGCCUUUUAUCGCUGCUGCGGGCGAGUGCCGUCUCCUGCGCUUUCACUCUGUGUAUUCCCCGUCCUCUUCCUCUCGCUCAGGCUCCCUCUGUGCAAAUAAUCUUCCUCGUUGAUCUUGGCGCGUUCAUUUGCCUCAAGUGGUAGCCUCUCUCUCCCUCUCUCUCGCUUGUGCUGGUGGGCUGGCUGACUUCUGCUGCCUGCGCUGCUCUACUUCAGGCCAUUCGUACACACUUUAAGGACGUCGAGUAGGGCAAGCAGCGGAGGGAAGGAGACAACUGGUGCGUGGAACCGUGUUUUUGUGCGUGUCUUUGUGUCACACACACACACACACACAGAGAGAGAGAGAGAGAGAGAGAGAGAGAGAGAGAGAGAGAGAGAGAGAGAGGGACGGAGGAAGCUAAGAAGGGGGGAGAGGGAAAGAGAGGGUGAAAAUGUUUGAGGCAAGGCUGAUUCAGGGCAGUUUAUUGAAGAAGGUUCUUGAGGCAAUCAAGGAUCUUGUAACAGAUGCAAAUUUUGAUUGUUCAGCGACGGGCUUCUCCCUACAAGCUAUGGACUCAAGCCACGUGGCACUUGUCGCUUUGCUCCUGAGGGGCGAGGGGUUUGAUCAUUAUCGAUGUGAUCGGAAUAUCUCGAUGGGGAUGAAUCUCAACAAUAUGGCGAAGAUGCUCAAAUGCGCGGGAAAUGAUGACAUCAUUACCAUCAAGGCAGACGACGAGGGAAACACUGUGACCUUCAUGUUCGAGUCUCCGAACGACGAGGGAAACACUGUGACCUUCAUGUUCGAGUCUCCGAAUCAGGACAAGAUCUCAGAUUUUGAGAUGAAGCUGAUGGAUAUAGAUAGCGAACACCUUGGCAUUCCAGAUACAGACUACGCAUCAACAGUAAAAAUGCCUUCAGCAGAAUUUGCGAGAAUUUGUCGCGACUUGUCUACCAUUGGAGAUACUGUUGGCAUUUCUGUGACGAAGGACGGAAUCAAGUUCUCAACGGCUGGAGAUAUCGGAAAUGCAAAUGUGACCUGUCGCCAGAACAAGACAGUGGACAAGGUAAAAUAAAAGGACAAGAAAAGAGAAAAUGAAAAAAGAAAUUAGAU